AUGGGACAAGGCCAAAGCGGUUUUGUGGUAGAAGUGGCUCGCCCGAGAAAAGGCACUUUUCAGGCGAUUCCUCAAUGUGAGCCAACUGAUGAGCCGGGGCCAUCAGACAGGCCUGAAUGGAGGAUCAUCGUCAAUCCAUCAGCGGAAUUUUUUGGAUCCGAUCGAUUAAAAGAAUUAAUUGAGAAACUCCAUCGACAACAGAAAUUACUCUCGAUUGGCGAUGCGAAACAGGUUGUCCACGCUUUAGCAGCUCUCGAUCCACAGGCUGAUCUAUUGCUCCCACUUUUAACAUUGGUCUCUAAUGCUACUGCUUACACUGCAAAUCAGAUAAUCUUACGAGAAGCGUCUGUAGUGAGUCGAGUUGUCGGAAUGUUACUCAGUGGUGGUGAUCGAUCAUAUCCUCGCCCUGUUCGUUUAAUGCUGCUGCAAUGCAUUGCAAAUAUGGCCGUCGCUACUGAGAACUUGAAUCUUGUCCGACCAGCGAUUCCGAUCAUUGUCAACCGACUCACGCAUACAAAUCACGAAGUUGAAGCAGUUGUGGCUAUGCAGGCGUUGACCAACUUGUCUCUCCAAAUCACCAAGGAGCAAAUCGAUCAGUUCGAGCCAGCGAUUCACAUUUGUUUGCAAAGGCUUUGGACAAGAGGAGAAGUGAAUAUGCAUGCAUUGCGUCUUCUUUUGAAUAUCAGUUGUUGUCCGGAUAUGGUGCCAUAUGUCCUCGCAGCUAAACCUGUCACUGGCUUGCUGAGGGUUCUCGAUACAGAUAAAGAUGAGAUCCUUGUUCGAGCCGUCACCUGGCUUCUCUGCACAACAUCAGCUGUCGAAGCAUUGGGAAUGACUAUUGAGACAAUUUCUCCACAUAUAAAAGAUCCAUUUCACAAUCCGUCACACACAUUGUAUUAUUGUAUCUUUGGACCAAAGCCAAGAGAGGAACUUGUCAAUCGAGCUCAACAAUUAUGCGCUCAUCAGAAUAAGGAAAUCGCUAGCAAGAGUCGACGAUUGCUUGAAACAUUGAAAGGGGUUCCCCAAUUCCCGACUCCAAUUCAACCGCUAAAUCGCUUG